GGACAACGACACAAGCAAAGGUCACCAAGAACAGCCAGUAACACUUACCAGUAUGGCUAUCCAACAAUCUCUGUUAGACAGGCCUAGAAAAUCUGUUUCCAAAACUAUCUGCUUAAUCUUUUCUAUAGCUGCUGUCAUGAGCUCAUCAGCCUUUGUUGGUUCUUAUCUCAUCAAAUCCACCUCCUUCUUCAACCAAUCCUCUCCUCAACAUCUCUGUGAUCAUGCACUUGAUAGGGCAACAUGUUUAACCCAUGUCUCAGAAGUGGUACAAGGUCCGAUCUUGACCCCCACAAAAGACCACAAAUUCAAUUUGUUACAGUCAUUCCUAAUGAAAUACACCUCACACAUUAAGAGAGUUAUGAACACAGCCAGUUCUAUCAAACUUAGGAUCAACAGUCCCAAAGAAGAAGAAGCUUUGCACGAUUGUGUGGAGUUGAUGGACUUAUCUAUCAGCAGAGUUAGGGACUCAAUGGUGACCCUAACAAAACAAACCAUUGAGUCCCAACAAGAUGCACACACAUGGCUAAGUAGCGUGCUUACUAACCAUGCAACUUGUUUGGAUGGGUUAGAGGGGUCAGCUAGCGCCUUUAUGAAGGACGAACUCGAGGACUUGAUAUCCAGAGCAAGAACUUCUCUGGCCAUGUUUGUUGCUGUUUUGCCCCCAAAGGUUGAACAAAUUAUUGAUGAACCUUUAAGUGGAGACUUUCCCUCAUGGGUGAGCAGCAAGGAUCGGAGACUUUUGGAGUCUACUGUUGGCGACAUCAAGGCCAAUGUUGUGGUAGCUAAGGAUGGAAGUGGCAAGUUUAAGACUGUGGCUGAGGCUGUAGCAUCCGCACCUGACAACGGUAAGACAAGGUAUGUUAUUUACGUGAAAAAGGGAACUUAUAAAGAAAAUGUUGAAAUCGGCAAGAAGAAGACCAACGUGAUGCUUGUAGGAGAUGGUAAGGAUGCAACUGUAAUCACCGGCAACUUGAAUUUCAUCGACGGAACAACCACGUUUAAGACUGCCACUGUUGCUGCUGUGGGUGAUGGAUUUAUAGCUCAAGACAUAUGGUUUCAAAACACAGCAGGCCCACAGAAGCACCAAGCAGUGGCUCUUCGUGUAGGCGCUGACCAAUCCGUCAUAAACCGCUGUCGCAUUGAUGCCUUCCAAGACACUCUCUACGCUCACUCCAACAGGCAGUUCUACCGAGACUCUUUUAUUACUGGCACCGUUGACUUUAUAUUUGGAAAUGCAGCUGUUGUUUUCCAAAAGUGCGACUUGGUGGCCCGAAAGCCCAUGGAUAAACAGAACAACAUGGUCACUGCCCAAGGACGAGAAGAUCCAAACCAGAACACAGGAACUUCAAUUCAACAAUGUAACCUAACACCAAGUUCGGAUCUUAAGCCUGUCGUGGGCUCCAUCAAAACUUUUCUAGGGCGCCCAUGGAAGAAGUACUCCAGAACUGUUGUGAUGCAGUCGACAUUGGACAGCCACAUUGACCCAACAGGAUGGGCUGAAUGGGAUGCCCAAAGUAAAGACUUUUUGCAAACGUUGUAUUAUGGAGAGUACAUGAAUAAUGGCCCCGGUGCCGGUACCAGCAAGAGAGUGAAUUGGCCUGGUUACCAUAUCAUCAAAACUGCAGCUGAGGCCAGCAAGUUCACGGUAGCACAACUCAUCCAAGGCAAUGUUUGGUUGAAGAACACUGGGGUCAACUUCAUUGAAGGCCUCUAAAUAUGGCCUUUGGAAAACUGAUGUGUGCUUAUAUCUGAUAUGGGUGGUUUUUGAUAUGUAGGCAGCACAAUGAGGUUUGGACUUUUUCGUUUGUAGGAAGUUGCUAUGGCGAUGGCCUUGUAUCCUGUAGGGUCUAUGUAACGUUACAUAUAUGUAAAAUAAACUUGUUUGUGACUUCCAAAAUGCUUCUUUGAUUUCCUCACAAAAUUUAAUGGGUUGAUUUGAUGCAA